CCCGCCGCCGCCCGCCGCCUCGCAGCGCCGCGAGCUGCCCAUCUUCCAGGCGCGGGGGCCGCUCCUCAGCCAGCUGCGGGGCCUGGACUGCGCCGUGCUCAUCGGAGAAACAGGCUCAGGAAAGACCACUCAGAUCCCUCAGUAUCUCUAUGAAGCAGGAAUUGGCCGCCAGGGUAUCAUUGCUGUGACACAGCCUCGCAGAGUAGCAGCUAUAUCCUUAGCUACCAGAGUCUCGGAUGAGAAGAGGACGGAGCUGGGGAAACUGGUUGGCUACACUGUGCGCUUCGAUGACCUUACAUCUGAUGAAACUAGAAUCAAGUUCUUAACGGAUGGCAUGCUGCUCCGUGAAGCCAUUGGGGAUCCCAUAUUGCGGAAGUACAGCGUUAUCAUCCUGGAUGAAGCCCAUGAGAGGACCAUCCAUACUGAUGUGCUCUUUGGAGUGGUGAAAGCUGCGCAAAAGAAGCGAAAGGAAUUGGGCAAACUGCCCCUAAAAGUGGUUGUCAUGUCAGCUACGAUGGACGUCGAUCAGUUCUCCCAGUACUUCAAUGGAGCUCCUGUUCUCUAUUUAGAAGGCAGGCAACAUCCCAUUCAGGUCUUCUACACCAAACAGCCUCAGAGCGAUUACCUCCAAGCAGCACUGGUGUCAGUCUUCCAGAUCCACCAGGAAGCACCCUCUUCUCAGGACAUCCUCGUGUUUCUAACCGGUCAGGAAGAAAUUGAAGCAAUGACCAAAACCUGCCGAGACAUUGCCAAGCAUCUCCCUGAUGGCUGCCCACAGAUGACAGUGAUGCCUCUUUAUGCUUCUCUGCCCUACUCUCAGCAACUCCGAGUCUUUCAGGCUGCCCCCAAGGGAUGCCGCAAAGUGAUCCUCUCCACCAACAUCGCAGAAACCUCCAUCACCAUUUCGGGUAUCAAGUAUGUUGUGGACACCGGCAUGGUCAAAGCAAAGAAGUACAACCCUGAAAUUGGUCUGGAAGUGUUGGCAGUCCAGCGAGUGUCAAAGGCCCAGGCUUGGCAACGAACAGGGAGAGCAGGGCGAGAGGACAGUGGGAUCUGCUACCGGCUCUACACUGAGGAUGAGUUUGAGAAGUUUGACAAAAUGACAGUACCUGAGAUACAGAGGUGUAACUUGGCCAGUGUGCUGCUUCAGCUCUUGGCCCUGAGAAUUCCCAACAUACUCACCUUUGACUUCAUGUCCAAACCAUCUCCUGAUGCUAUUCAAGCAGCAGUUGAGCAGCUGGACCUGCUGGGGGCUGUGGAGCGAAAGGAAGAUCAGCUUGUCCUAACUCCCCUGGGAAGGAAGAUGGCAGCCUUCCCGCUGGAACCAAAGUUCUCUAAAACCAUCCUCCUGUCCCCGAAGUUCCAUUGCACAGAAGAGAUUCUGACCAUUGUAUCGCUGUUAUCAGUGGACAGUGUCCUGUACAAUCCCCCGGCCCGGCGGGACGAGGUGCAAUCUGUCAGGAAGAAAUUUAUCUCCAGUGAGGGGGAUCACCUUACCCUGCUCAACGUGUACAGAGCCUUCAAAAAUGUCAGCGGCAACAAGGAAUGGUGCAAAGAGAACUUUGUCAACGGCAGGAACAUGAUGCUCGUGUCAGACGUGAGAGCUCAGCUCAGGGACAUUUGUGUAAAGUUAGCCAUGCCCAUGGAGUCCUCCCGUUCCGACACCGCAAACGUCCGCCGCUGCCUGGCUCACAGCCUCUUCAUGAACGCCGCCGAGCUGCAGCCGGACGGCACCUACAGCACUGUGAACUCUCACCAGCUGGUGGCCAUCCACCCCUCUUCCGUCCUCUUCCACUGCAAACCCUCGUGCGUGGUUUACAACGGGCUGCUUCACACCAACAAGUGCUACAUGCGGGACCUGUGCGUGGUGGAUGCGGACUGGCUGUACGACGCAGCGCCUGACUAUUUCCGCAGGAAACUCAGAGCGGCCAAGAACUGAGGCGGGCUGCGGGACCACCAGGUGCAGGGCUGUCAGGCUCACUCUGCACGACUGUUUUCCAUCUUGUAAUGAGGGGGCGUGGAGGAACUGGAGGGUUUUGUCUUGCCGGUCUAAGGCAAACCUUAGAGGAAAACGGCAUCUCUGGGAGAGCCAGACCUCGCGGGUCUCCACGGCGUUGAACAAUUCUCCUCUUAACAGCUGAUCUGUGAAAGGGGAUCACAGCAUGUGCUCGGUGUGGGAGAAGCGUAAGCUGGGGGUGGCAGAGAGGGGAGCUGGAGCCACAGGCCCGGUUUUUAACAUUUGCUGAAAUGGAACAGGCUUGUAUAUGAGGAAACAGGAUCCUAGGUGCAUCUUCGGACCUGAUCUUUUUUGAUGAUAGCGUUUGUAUUCCGGGCAGGUUUUAUGGUUUGGGGGGGAAAAAAAAAAAAAUACAGAUUUCUACAUAUCACGGC